AUGAUACACUGUAGGUUCUUUCUAAGUGCUAUUUUCUUUAGUGUUGCUUUUACAAGUGUGUCCCUGAAAGACGGUUAUGAUAGUUUACAAUGGGGUAAGCGACUCGUGGGAAAGCUUCUGACCACUAUCGCUCAAGCCAGUCCGUUAGAUUGUGCCGAGGAAUGUCUUGUUCGUCCAGGAUGUCUCUCUUUUAACUACAAACGGGCUGCAAUAUUUUGUGAGUUGAAUUAUGAAAAUGACACUAGAUCUAAUACGAGACUUAAAGAUGGAGAUGGCUGGAUCUAUGGUCAAAAAGAGCAUUGGCCUAUUGAAAUAACAGAGGAAUGUAAAAACAUAAAAUGUGCACUUAACCAGAAAUGUAUAAGGAAUUCUUACCUUUCCACAAGAUGCGAGCUGGCACAUUGUAACACAGGAUGGAUUUGUAAAGAUAAAGGGAACUGCUACCGUCGAAUUAGCACCCCUCUAAUGACCCAAGAAGCAGCAAUGAAGUCCUGUCGGAUCUGCGAUUCCUACCUCGUAGAGAUUAACGAUACGGAGGAAAGCGACUGGUUAACUGAGAAUGUGCUUAAGAAUGUUUCAUGUGUGAACAUGUAUGAGUGUACCACGUGGACCGGAGGAAAUGAUAAAGAGAGAGAAGGCAGCUACAUUUGGGAAUAUUCCCGUUCUCCGAUCAAGAAUCUAAAGUGGUCCAGAGGAAACCCUGAUGCAGUAUAUCCGGAUAAAGAUUGUGUAGACAUGUUUUAUUUUGGAGAGUUUAACGAUAGGCCGUGUAACCACAAGAAUGGCUUUAUGUGUGAAAGGGAUGGUAAUUAA